UCCGACAGCAGUACGACGUCCGUUCGCACAUCCGUCGACGAUCCGAAUAUUUUUAUUUUUCGAAAUUUAUUCUUUUUUUUUUGUUUUAUUGUAAGUACGACCACGACAUCGUGCGAGCCGUACUAAUUUAUUUUGUAAUAUUAUAUAUUGCGCUCGUUUCCGAGUCCAUAACCAUUCACAGUGAGACCAAUUCAGUGACACCUCGCGUGUAUAUUGUUUACCUGUCUUUAUUUUAAUCGUGUUGCGUCACCUCCUCGAUCACCUCCGCUCACAUUCUCGAAUCACCCCCAACACCUGCGGUCGAUACCACGGCACGUCAAGACGGAUACCACUCUCAACCGUGUCAAUACCUAACAGAACGAUAAGCUAUUACAUUACCAAUACAGAAUGAUAUACUUUAGGAGAUCGUCUCUGUGGACCACGUUGUUACUGUGGUUGUGGUUUGAGAACUGCGUUACCGGCGCAGACGACAAGAAUGACAUGCGCGAAGAGAAGGACAAGCCUCACUCGCGGCAGAAACGUCUGCUGUGGAUCACCUCGGAUGGCCGCCUGGCCUUGCCACCCGGCACCAAACUAACGAUAACGCCAUCUCUAUCCAUGCCUUUCGUCAGGUACCCGCCAGAGGGGUUCAUGUCCAACAUGAGCAUCAGCUUGCCGUUCACAAUCGACUUCAAUACCUUGGGGUUGACCGACAAUCAGAAUCCGUUCGGCGCCUUCCCGCAAAUAUUGGCCAGGAGCAUGGGCAGACAGACGGGGUCGGCACUCGUCGACUAUGUGUCUCAACUUAUGCGCGGCCGGAGAUCGACUAGAUCCGUUCCAACUUUACCCAAACCGAUACACUCGUACUUCCAAGGAGGUGAAAGAGCUCUGAUGUUCACCGUCGUCGAGGACCUGUUGACGAACUUCGGAAUGAACGGAAAAGCGUGUCUGCUCCGAGCCAUAUGCGAAGUUCACGGGCACAAGUCCAUACACACAUUUGGUUUCCUCGGCGAAUUUAUUCAACUAUUCUUUACGGCUAGUAAAUCGACGUACGCUGAUUUAAUGAACGACUACGUGACUGCUGAAACCAUUGGAAAACAAAGUAAAGAAUGUUACCCUUACUUCAAGGAAUGUCCUAAGUCGUUGUUCACCAACAAUCAUAACUAUUCGGAAAAUGAUCUUUCGCCCGACGACGAGGACGAAGACGGUGAAUCAGUGUCGGCCAACAACGAUGGCGAUGACUACGGAAACGGAAACGAGGUCGACGACGGCCGGAAGAAGUCGUCGUCGGCAAGCGGCGGACUAAAAGUGACGGUGAAUCCGACACCGUUGGCCAUGUGAAUCGGUCGGCUGAAUUUUCAUCACUCUCCGCCGCACGCAAUGAUCGUUGAACAAUCAUCUCCCGAACGUAUUUCAUUUGUAUAAUAAAAUAUUAUUUUUUAAGUGUGCACGUGUUUGUGCGUGUCUGUGCGUAUCCGGAAAAACUUUGCUACCGUCGCGGGCUAUGUCUUCUUACGAGGUUUUUACCUCGUCCGUUUUCCGCCCACGCCUUCCCCCUAUAUCUUCCACCAAUAACGUCCAACCAACCCCCCCCCCCUCACGGUCACACUAUUUAGCGAACAAUUCGAUUAUCGGGCGUACUUGUAUUGUUCCACUAGUUGGGCAUAAAUCAACCACCACCCGAAGAAAGACUAUAUUAUAAUAAUGACACAAAAGAAACACUAUAAAAAUUUGCGUCCGGAAAUUCGAAUCCCUGAGUCCGCGGCGACCACUAUCUAAAUUCCAUCCCAACACGCAUAGCAUUAUUAUAUGUAAUACACUGUAGGGACAUUUGAAAUUCGCUCUGGAUGUGUCUGUGCCAACGAUAACGCCGCUGCCUAGAGAGUAUAAUUAUAUAUUUUAUUUAUAAUAUUAUUACCCCGUACACAUUAAAAUACCAUAAUUAUCAUUAAUAUUUAUUAUUUACAAACAAUUAUAUCGUAUUCUCUAAUCGAACAGAAACGUAACAAAAAGAACAAUGUAUCAAACGUAUAUUUUCUCGUUUAGUUUCGUUUCGGAUCAUAAAUUAUAGACUAUAUAUUAUUUUUACUAUAUUAUUAUACUUAACACAUUAAAAUAUCCAAAUUAUUAUUAUUAAUCAUUAAUAUUUAUUAUUUACACAUAAUUAUAUCGUAUACGCUUUUCGCACCGAAACGUAACAAAAAUAGGACUGUUUCAAACGUAUUUUUUCUCGUUUUGUUUCGUUUCGGAUCAUAUUAUAUUAUAUUUUAUUUAUUAUAUUAUUAUACCAUACACAUUAAAAUAUCAUUAUUAUUAUUAUUAUCAUUAAUAUUUAUUAUUUACACACAGUUACAUCGUAUUCACUAUUCGCACCGAAACGUAACAAAAAUAAGACUGUUUCAAACGUAUUUUUUCUCGUUUUGUUUCGUUUUGGUUCAUAUAUUAUACACAUAAUAAUAUAUUACUAUAUAAAUAUUAUCCGUAGUCGUAAUAGCAUAGUUAUAUAAUAUAUUGUAUAGUCGUACCUACCUACCUAGUAAUAUAUUUUAUAGUGUUUUUUAGUAGACGCGUAUAACAUGUAGGUCUCGUACAUGUCAUAAUAUUAUAUACCUAUUGUAUUAAAUAAUGUUGUAUGCUCAAAAUAUGUAGCUAUAUGUUGUGCCAUAAUCCAUUUAGUUUAAUUUCAUAGUAAAUUUAUUAUGAUUAUUAUUAUUAUUUACUUAUUUAUUUAUAUACACUACCUAUUUUUCAAACGUUUUGUAUUUUAUGAUUAAAUUACCUACGUAUAGGUACAUAAUAUAUCGUAUUAUAUCGUACCCAACCGUUUUGGAUGA